AUGGUAUGGAAGAAUGUUAAGAACUUAAAAAGAAAGUGGAUGAAAAAAUUCUCAAUAUUAAGGAAGAGAUGCUAAAAGUAUUGGAAAAUUAGCAAAAGCAGAUAUAUGGUUUCAUAAAUAAGUAAUCCAUGUAGUAAAAACCAAUUAGGAUAAAGAUACUAAUAAAUGCAAGACUCAAAUCCUUCACUUGAUAUACUAAUCUAUUAUGCUACAUUUUCAAAUAAAAAAUUAUAGAAAAAUCUAAGUUUGACAAUACUAUUGAUGAAGAAAAUAAUUAGUGAUAUUAUUGAUGACUUUAAUGAGAAAGUUAUUGAAUAUCUUGUGAUUCCUGAUAUUAAUGACGAUAGUAAAGCUACUCAUAAUGAACAUUCUCAAGCUGACAGAGUAGAGGAAUAUAACAAUUUAAAAUAACAAUAAAAAAUGAAAUAAAAGGUGUAAUAAAAUGAAAUAAUGAAUGUUAAUUAAAGCGCUCAAAAAUUGGUAGAUAAUUUAAUACAACAGUUAAAAGUUGAGCAAAAAGAACAAUACUUGAAAUAUGUUGUAACAAUCAAACAUAUAAAACAUUUAAAAUAAUAGUUUGGAAUUGAAUUGUUUCUUUAGGAUAAUAAAUCUAUUUUUGGUGAUUUGAUCCUACAUUUAAUUUUAGUUUAAGAGGAAGAAUUGAAAUUAAUAUUUAUAAACCGCUAACAGAGCUUGAAAACCAACUUAAAAAUUGUUAGAUCUAGGAUUAGCAAAUUUUUGAGGAGGAAUGUAAAAUAAUUAAAAAUGACUAAAUAUCAUUAAUCAACUUUUAAAAGAUAAGGAAGAGUUGCAAUAAUCAAUCAAUAAUUAUGA